GCGAACAUUUCAAUGUGGUGCCAUAUGGUUUACCUUUGAAAUGAAUUAGUGGGCUCCAGGUGGGUUAGUCUGUGGGUUCCAUGGUGGCCCCAUCUGUGUUUGCCCGCACUAGCUUGAGUGGGCACUCAGUAGUCCGGCUAGCUGGGCAGAGGAGCUCGCUAAGCUGUCCGCCGAGUAGCUUGUUAGUUCGCUACGCUGUCUACCGGGUGGCUUGAUACCGUAGGGACCCAGACCACUGAGUCCCCACCUAAGCCAGUGUGGUACUGAGUACCGGCCCACUUAAAGGACUGCAAAUGAAUAAUAAAUAUCCAGAUUGAAUCAUGUAUUGAGAUGAGUAUUGACUAAUUGGAGAGUGAAACAUACACUCCUCUACUGAAGACUGUUUAUUUGUAUAGAAAUAUUAGAGGUUAGCCUACUUAGAAGUAAAAAAAAAAAUAAAUUAAUUGAUUUAUUGAAUAAAACUACAUUUAUAUAAUUUUUUCUUAAUAAAGCACUAUAUUUGAAUAAAUUGUUUUUGUGGGAUUGUUUGAAGUUUACAGGAAAAGGGGAGGAGCUAACACAGGGGGUGGGGGCUUAAUGAGCGGGAGUAGCACCGCGCGCGCGCAGCCAUGUGUACAACUUCCUCGUUCUGCUCGGUUCUGCUGAGGGCGGGGGAGGAGGGGGGACCCGUGACGUCUUUCCUCGAGACGGGCCCAGACGCUGCCGCAGAGCCACCCCUGCUGACAGGAAGCGAGCACCGGACACAUCCGGGCCCGGCCGUUAUGCGGCAGCGCUCGGAGCUGAUGUGAGCAGGCAGCGGCGCCAUCACCGUCCCAGCGUCUGGAGGAGGGGGCGGGGGGGACAUGUCCUCGCUAACCGUGGAGGGGGAGCAGCAGUGGGUACCGACACACGUCCUGGUGACGGUGCUGAGGGGCAGAGGCUUGCAGGGCAAGAGCAAGCACGGCACCAGCGACGUCUACGCCAUCAUCCAGCUGGGGAAGGAGAAGUACUCCACCGGCGUGGUGGAGAAGACCACCGAGCCGGAGUGGGGGGAGGAGUGCACCUUCGAGCUGCAGCCCGGCGCGCUGGAGAGCGGGCGGCUGGUCCUGACGGUGAUGCACCGGGGGCUGGUGGUCCAGGACGUGUUCCUCGGGCAGGCGGUGAUCCAGCUGGACGAGGUGUUCCAUCAGAGCAGAUGCCUUAAAAACCACUGGUACAGGCUCCAGUCCAAGUCGGGGAAGAAGGAGAAGGAGCGGGGGGACAUCCAGGUCACCAUCCAGUUCACCCGGAACAACCUGACGGCCAGUAUGUACGACCUGGUCAUGAAGGAGAAAGGAGCCUCCCCCUUCAGUAAGCUGAAAGAACGCAUCAAGGGAAAGAGGAGGUCCAGCCAGGACGACACAUCCUCCGCCGUCCUCCCGGGGGGGUACGCCUCUCUGUACCGCCUGCGCCAUAGACUGCCAAGCGACGGAGGUGGGGAGGAGGACUAUGAAGAUGAUGAGGGGGGUGAGGCCCGGAGAAGCAAGAUGAGAACGUUCUUCUUCAGGGGGAAGCUGCGGAAAACGUCCGACACUCGCUCCAGCACGUCUGUAGGCUCUGAGAGCAGCGAGUCUUCGUCUCGAGGGGGGAGCCUCAGUCCCACGGCCGGGAUCAGCGUGGUGGUGUCCGACCUCUCCAACUCACCCAGCAACAGCAGCAACCUGACUGCAGACAACAGUCCAGAGCACACGGCCAACACGUCUCCAAACUCGUGCUCCCUCAAAGCCGAGUUCGGUGACGAGCCCGGUGAGAUCAGCAUCGCCGUGCCACAACAGUUUAUUUUUGUGAAUGGAAGCCACGCCCCCCUCACCCAGCCCCAGGACCCCGGCCCUGGAAAACCGGCUUGUGGAGCUGGUCUCCUGCAGAAGUCUCUGCCGGUGUCCGUGUCUCUGCAGAACCUCAGCACGACGGCGGACCUGGACCUUCCCAAAGGUCCUGUGGGGGACGGCCGCCGCUGGUCAUUUGACAGAGCCGGCACAGAAGAAAAAGCCGCAAUAGCAGCGGCUCUGGAGGCAAGCGGGCCAAUACGGGUCCAGGACACGGAGGCUGUAGAACCAGACGUGCUGCCAGAAGCUGCCAACAUUUCCUCUGAGGUGGAGUCAGACUUUAAGAAAAAGCAACAGAGGAGGAACCUGAUCACACCUGGGAGGGGUCAGACGCCGUCUCGGGACGAGCCUGAGCAGGUUUCUUCUGGCGCUGGGGAGAAGGUCAGGAGCUGGUUUGGAUCAAAGGACAAACCCAGCCUGGGGGUGUCGCACAAGCUAGAGCCCAGCACUGACCCACACCCGCCUCCUUUUCUACCUAACCUCCCCCCCGGGCGUCUGUCUGUAGAUGGUAGCUCUGUGUUUUCCCCCCUGCAGCACGCUAACCCUUCCUCUCACGCUCACCUCUCCUCCUGCAACCCUUUCUCCUCCGUCCUGCAGCAGAACCCUUUCUAUGAAGACAUUCUUGCUCUGAAGGCCUCAACCCCCCCGCUGCCUCCUUUGCCCUAUCUUUCCAGUUCCUGCCCCCCCUUGACUCAAGUUGUGCCUCAGCCAAGUAGCUCUAACCCCUUGUCGGCACACGCUUUCCCGACCAUGGAGGACCCCUUCGCUGAUGCCCAGAGAGAGGGGAUGACCGCAGCUGCCGAAGGACCUCCUCCGCCUGAUCCCAGUGAAGCACCUCCUCCCAGGAAGUCCUCUAACCCUUUCAGGAGGGUCGACCUACCACAGGAUGACGGGGAGUCUCAGUGGGACGAAUCUUUUGAAGCGUUUGCAGCAGGAAGGCUGCAGCCUCCUGUGGUCGCCAGGGAAACCUCCUGGUUCUCCAGAGAGGAGCACACAGCCUUCAGGAGGGAUGGUGACCGAGCUUUGAAUCCUGCUAACCUUUAUGCUGUGCCUGCAUGCUCUGAAACUAAACACAACAGCAGCACUAACACCAGCGCAGCCCCCUCCCACAGCACUGGGACAGCGGUCAGCGGGAUCUCUUCAGGACCUGGUCUUUUGGCAGAUGAGGGUCUGUUCUGGUUCUCCUCAAAGGAACCUAAAACCGUCGACCUCCUUUUCCAGAGUCCCAGUGAAUUGGGGUCUGCCACACAAACAGACCCUGACGAACCGCAGCUGAACCAAGAGAACCGAGUUCGGAGCACUGAGGUCCAGGAUGGGUCCGUGGUGGAUUCCAGCUGCACAGUGGUCAAGAUUUCCGGUUCAAACGAUGACUCGUCUUUUCUGCCACCGUCGUACAUCUUCACCUCCUCGCCUCGUGCCCAGCCGGGUCUGUUGGACCGCCGUCAGGGUCCAAAUUUUCUCAGAGUCAGUUCCACCCCAGAUUCUCAGGAGAGUUUUACGGAUGCAAAGACUUUGGAUCGGAGCGGCACCAGUGUGUUUCCAAGUCUGUAUCUGAGCACAGAGUCCCAGGAUUACCAAACCUGCCGUUCUCCAAUCUCCUUUAACCCCUCCGACCAGACCCCCUCCAAGGCUUCCCUGCCAGGUGACGGGGACAAAACCUCUGAGGAUCUUUUUUUUGAAAUCCCCCAGACAAGCAGAUUCAAACCUGAGAGCUUACAGACCAGCAUCCCAGAGAGGAGCAAAUCACAAGACUCCUUCAUGAGCUACGAUCUGAAGGCUCCUCCUGAAGGAGGCGGGGAGGUGCAGGACGCCGACUCAACAGGCAUGUCCUCCAAACACCUGAAGCUGCAGCGCUCCCGAUCAGAGGGCGCUCUGGCUCCUCCCACACCCUCUUUGGAGAACGAUCCUUGUUCUAGGAGGCGGUCCUCUUGGGCUCCACUGGGGGGCCACCUCCUCUCUUUAACCCCCCCUGCUCCUCAAAGCUUCCCUGUAGCUCUCCCUCCCCGUGCGAACCUUUCAGUGGUACGGCCGCGAGGUGCCUCAAGUCCGGAGGGGCCAGAGCCGCAGGCGGUCGUCCAGCAGGACAGCCCCCACCCAGUGAAGCCGUUGACGACCACUGCCCCUGCGGAGGAGGAGCGGUCAAAGCUGGCCAGCGGCCUAGAGAAGCUCAAGUCCACAAUCCACCCAGGGAGGGGAAGCCACCUGACAGAGCAGGAGGACAAGAAGAAGAUUCUCACAGGAGGGGCGGGGUCAUACUACCACCUGACCCACAGCCAGCUGGUGGCUCUGCUGGUGCAGCGGGAGGCGGAGCUUCAGAGGCAUAAGGAGGAGUUUAAGAACCAGAAACUGCUGCUAGCCAAACGGGAGGCGGAGCUUAAGAGGCUGAAGCCACAGGUCAGAGACCUGGAGGACUACAUCGACACACUGCUGGUGCGCAUCAUGGAGCAGAAGCCCACCCUCCUGCAAGUGCGCUCCAAGCUCAAGUGACAGGAGAGGGGGCAAGCCGCGCCCCCAGCCCCACCCACUCGAACCCUUCCAACAGCUCUUUAGUCUUCUCACUGCUCUGCUGUCUUACAUAGUGUUGACGCACUGACACAAGAUGCUACGGUUUCCAGCUUGGCCCCGCCCCCCACUUCAGGAUGGUUGGAGGGGUUUGAAUGUAGCUCCGCCUCAGGUUGUUUUCAGAUUCUAUAAGCCACGCUGGGGGGGCCACACCCCCCCUCUUUUGUUUCUACAGAGAAGUUUGGGUUUUGAACCAUCCAUGCAAACGAGGUCCUCAGCUGGAGGGGGAGGGGUCUUCUUCAAAAGAACUGUACACAACUGUAUCACAUGUCUGACACACAACCAAACAGGUAACACACAACCACAGCACAACAGACACACAAAAGAUACACAACCGUCACAUUAGGCACACAACCAGGACAAAACAAUUACAUAGCAGACACAAAAACCACAGAAAACAAUGACACAGUAGACACACAACCAUAACACAACCAUAACACAACAAUCACUAUACAUACACACAUUAGACGCAACCAAAACACAACUGCCGAACAACUAUCACUUAUCAUACGCGCAACAUACACACAUUAGACACGCGACAAAAACACAACUAUCGCACAACAAUCGCUUAACAUACCCACAUUGGACACACAGGCAACACAACCAGAACACAACAGUCUCACGACAUACUAAAGAUACACACAUUAGACACAGCUGCCGUACAACAAUCACUUAAUAACAGUCACACAUUAGACAUGCAACCAAAACACAACAUACACACCAUCAUGAUACAACUCAUACACAACUGUCUUGUACAAUGGACAGCCAAGGAAAAACACAACCAUCAUACAACAUUUACACAUCAGUCACACUUUAGACACACAACCAGAACACAACAGUCUCACAACUAACACACAACAGACAAAACCCACAGGUAACAAGGACACAGUAGACACCCAAGCAAAAACACCACAGCCAUCACACAAUAGUCAAAUUGCAGUAACACAAUAGUAAUAAAACAGUUGCACAACAGUGAGACAACAUUCACACAACAGUCACACCGCUGACCUGCUCUUAGUCUCAUCCUACAAACCUAAACCACAGUAGCAUUGCUGUCACACAACAGACGAUGGGCGACUGUUGCACGACACACACGUUUUCACACAUUAACACAACAUACACAAAACCUCACUAAUGAAGGCAGAGAAAUUUGAUCAAGUUGAGGUUUGAAGAGGGGAAAUCAGUGACGGAGUCCCCAUGAAAUGAUUGUGAAAAGAGUUCACAUGCACACAUGUUUGUGCGUUCUUGCAUUUUUAUAGAUGUUUUUUCCAGGCAACACAAAAGUGAAACAAAAACAAACCAAAUGAGAGGAGCCCGAGUUCCUCGCCACGUCACGUCACUGGACAGAUUGUAGCUUCUGAAAUGUUCAAAGUGUUCUUAGACAAUUUUUGCUUCCUUAUGCUCUUUUGUGGUCUUUUUCUGGGACUCACACUGUCGUGUGCGUCUGAUCUUUAGCUCGUCAUCAUGCUCACCUGAGCUGGCAGGCUGUGGCGCGGGUCACGCCGGCACUUUCAGGUAAAGCGACGACGCUGGAGCUCCUUCCUCGCUCCUCACACGUGCUCCCUCCACUUGACUCCUGCACGUUGGGGAGAUGCCUGCAACAUGCUGGUGCCUGACCCGCCCCCCCUCAUCACAUCUGCUUCUGCUCCAGGUGUCAUAAAGGGAAUCAUCUUUAAUGUCAUAGUGAAAUGCCAAAUGCUGCCUUAUUUUAGCUUUGUUUGGACGCCGGUCCAGAAUUGAUUUUCCUGUCUGGGCAGGCUGGAAAAGGAAAAGCCAUCUGUUCUCCGAAGGGUUUAUUUCUCUGCUUCUUUGUUCUUUAGAUUUAUGCACAGAAUAAAGUGUAUGCAUACCCAUAGGAAAAGAGUGAUUUACUGUGAAAUGCCAAAAAAAAGAAGAAAAGAGAAAACAGUAUUCAGGCCAUGAUGCCUCCGUUAGCAUUCGUGGAUGUUCUUGCACUGAAUUGUCAGAAGCAAAGCAGUACCAUUCGUUAGUCUAACAGCACUUAGAUAUGGCUCUGUUACACAGCACUUCUGACUGCAGCCUGGCCCCCACCUCUGCAGCCGACAGCAGGCACCGACCAGGGCGUCUUCCACGGAGAGCGUUCAGACGUGAGCUGGAACUGUUUGCUCCCUCGAUUGUGUGAACGGGCUCCAGCUGUGGGGCAAGAUUGGAACGUUUACACUAUGUGAUGCAAAUGUUUCACAAUUUUUGUAUAUUUAAUAAAGAAUAUUUUGUGGUUUAUGCUCACACUAUGCUAAAA